ACUCCCCCCUACAUUCAUGUAUCAACGUCUCCCCUUUGAGAAGCAUUAACCUUCUUAGAGAUACGCAACAACAUCCUCCAGAAUUCCACUUGUCCUUACUGAAAGACCAAGAGUACUUUUCCAAAUGCAUCUCAAGGUCCGCACCGCAACAGAGUCAGACAUUCCCCAAAUCUACUCCAUAUUUACCCACUAUGUUCGCAAUACUGUCAUAACGCUCUUCGCCAAUACACCUCCUUUCUCAUACAUGACCAAAAGAUUCCACAAAACGCAGGAGCGUGGCUUGCCUUUCCUUGUUGCCGUUGAGCAGCUUGAGCAGGAUGACACCUGCCAUGGAGGAAAUAUGGCAGAAAAAGUCUGUGGAUAUACUCUGGCUUCACCCUUCAGGGGCUACAUGCUCUCCUACGCACCCACAGUUGAGAUGUCCCUCUUCGUCCACCCCGAGUACCACUCGCGAGGGAUAGGAAGUACUCUUCUCUCGUCGCUGAUAGAAGCUUUGCAAGAGGCAAAACAUCUCUCCUACCAAGUCACCGGGCAUGCAGGCUCUGAAGCACGUGUGCAUGCAGAAGCGAAGGUGAAGAGCAUACUUGCUAUUAUGACAGUCAAUCCUGAAGGUAAAAAUGGAGGCGAAGGUUUAAGAGACUGGUAUGUUCAAAGGGGAUUUGUAGAAAGAGGAAGGAUGAAAGAAGUUGGCUUCAAAUAUGGUAAAUGGAUCGACACAAUAUAUCUUCAAUACACCCUAUAAUGUUCGUUGCCAACCGAGCUAGUGUUUGGUCGCAUUUCAGCCAGCAUCUGCUAGAAACGAGGAAGUAACGUGGAAAUCGCGGAAGGAAAGGCUAAGGUGGCUGGACUUGUUACUCAGCAUUUGUUCUACGAAGCUGGAAAAGACCAUUUCUUGCUCUUCGCACUCCUAUUGAGUCGCAUCCACGGCUGGUGGAGAAUUUAAGAUUAUCGAAUUAACAUUCAAGGUAACUUUCUAACUACUUCUAUUCGAACCUUCUUCGCCAUUAUUAUAUAUAGAAAGAUAAAUUCCGUUCAUUUAAUAGUGACGGGACAAAAUGAUAGUGAUAAGUGGUGGCCAGUAGAUCGAACGGCCAUACAGUCGAAUCCACAGUUGUGGGCUUUCCACCUAGCAUCAUGCCCUCCAAGCACAAGCCUGUCAUAUCAAAUUGGGGGCCAUUAAAGCUUUCCACCGAGCGCCAUAGUUGACUUCCAAUUAAUGAUUUGCCAACUCACAGGUUUCGAAUUCCUCCGGUUCCCACCACGACAGAGAAAAGGGAUUACAUAGAAAUUUGCAAUUUGCACAGCCGACAAGGCAAAUAUGGGCCAGUAGGCCACGGGAUCGUGAACCGGCUUCACAGGGGGAAACUAAAUCAUAAAGGAGAGUGCUGGAUGAUAAAUCAACCUUGAGACUAAAACCGCUGGCGAAAAUUCGACUAUUCCUCCAUUGAACUCCCAAAAGGUCCCUAACCUUGGGCUCAUCUUCCAAUAUAUUUCAUUGGAGAAUACAAGGCAGAAUACCUGACAGAUCUAUUGCCUUCAUGGAAAAUUUCUUGAUCAGGAAUGGUGAUGUAAUUAACUCAUUGCUUUCGUUUGGAUAUUUAACUACCCACGCAUCUUAAUCGUUACCCAAGAAGAGAAGAGCUGCGCCUGGCCGUUCUUCCAAGCAUGCACAGUACAUUGUCUCUCCCACUUGUCCCGUCUGAAGGGCGCAUUGGAUAGUGCGAAUCGGAAUGUGUCCAAAGCAGGGUUACAACGCAGGGUAACAGCCCAAGCAUGACACCACUGAGAUUAGCAUGAUGAUCUGAGGAACUUUAAAUAAAUAAUAGCUACCAGGGUCAUCAUUCAAGUUUAGCCCACCAACCACCCAAGGCAGGCUUCCGCGGUCCCCGCUGCAAUCCUGAAGAGGAGGGCGCAUGAAUGAUGGGAAGAGGUUGGCCCUCGGCUCUAACCAUCGGAUACGUUGUGUGAGGUGGCAUCCCCUCACUGGAAGGCGGCUCGACGAUCGUGGCGGGACGGCCUUUUAUCUUGAAACGGCGGCGUGCGUUAAUAAUUCGGCAAAAUGACUUAUCACAAAGAGAAUUCACCAAUAAACAUUUUACUUGCAAGCAGGGUCGGUGCGUUUGAGGUUGAAAGGCUCUGGACAGCGCGACAUUGUGGAGAAAGCGGGAUGAGAGGAUCGGCUCCAAUCCCCGCAGCACGCACGUUCCUAAAUAUUUGGCAAAGAAUUUUGUCUUUGGAAACCGAAAUCUUCCAUUGCCGAAUUAGCUUCUGGAAGCUGUUUUCAUCUCGCCGCCCCACGUUUUCCGGAUACAUGCGACAACGUUUGGGGUAUUUAUUCUCUGACUAUUUUGCAAUCCAAAUAAUUAAGGGAAAGAAUCUAGCACUUCGCGGCGACAGGUAGCUUGUCCUCAAGGGCUGAUCUGCACGUCAUGAGAUAUGAACUGGAAUCUCAGCCAAUAAUUUUCCAGUCCAGGCUUAGUGUCAAUGAACUGUCAUUUUUACUAUGUUAGAAGCGCCUCCUAAAAAGCGGAAUAUGUGAAGCCAUAUUACCGUCGCGAACAAAUUGCAUCAAAUGGAGUGCACUUCCCCAAUGCUGAGGAAUACAUGCACCACUACGGAUUACUGGUUGCCAAUGUGAUGUUAUUUUUAAAUCUCCUCCUUCGUCCAUCUGUCUCGGAAUAUUUGCUAGCUAGCAGGAGCCGACAGGGUCUUCUUUGGUUGGUUCAUUAUUUCCGUGAGCCGCCCAAAUCGCAGUAUCUCGCCGGACAUGGAAUGGAGUUUGGGGAGGAAAUAAGAUUCUAGAGCAGCGCAUAACGGCCUGACUUGCUCAUGGUCUAAGUGGGCAAAUUUCUGCAGUUACGCAUUAAACUUCCUUGUCCACCUUCACUGAUUCUAGUUAGCAUAAACACAACCAAUAUGUUAGCGAGAUUUUAAUCUUGGAUACAACCUGAUGGGUGGACUCUCAGAGAGAUCCUUGGAAACAAUGCCGUUUAUCUCACCUGUCCAUGAAGUGUUGAUGACAGCCAAUCGGAUACAUGAGAAGAAUGAAUCUAGUUCAAGAGUUCGAGCUUUUGAAGAUCCGAAGGAAAAAGUGCUCAGCUGCAGCAAGCCGAUCUCCAUAGAGAUCGAACAGAUGGUCCUCGUUACAUUUUUCUGACUAUCAGGGGGCAAGGAUUACAACGGAUCCUUGAUCCUUCCUUGUCCCAACUCACCGACAAUAUCCCGGCCAUCCAGAAGGCCAAAAGAGAGCUCUCGAAGAGGACAUGGAGCUUUAUUAUCUAGCUUAAUUCAUAUUUCCUCCAUGUCAAGAGGUCCUGGUUUGGUCCCGUUUACGCUAUUGUGGCAGUAAUUUUCAGAGAUUACUGUCUCAGAAUUCAUACUCUCGAAGGAUAAUUGGGUUCGAGAGCGAAUGUCCUGACUUCUUCAGCUUUGUAUCGCGAGAAAGAGAACGAAACGGCCGGGGUCUUCGAAGCUCUUCCCUUCAAAUCUUUCAAUAAUCGUGGCUCGUCAGUAGCUACGGGACAGAUUUGACCUGCCAGGUCAGGUCCGCAAGUUCUUUCAGGUCCCU